AUGGCGGCGCGGGGCCGGUGCCCCGAGUGCGGCUCGGGCUCGCUGGUGGAGGACGCGCACUACGCGCAGCAGCAGCUGGUGUGUGCCGCCUGCGGCUGCGUCCUGUCCGAGGGGCUCCUCACCACCACCUACACCGACGAGGAGCAUCUGAGGGAGGUCGCCUAUUCCCAGAGCACCGGGCAGAAGGAGCAGCUGAGCCGCUGCCUGCAGCGAGGCAUCCGGCGGGUGCAGGACCUCUGCAAGGUGCUCAAGCUGCCAGCAGCCUUUGAGGAAACGGCUGUGUCCUACUUCCAGAGGGCUCUGGAGCUGCCUGCCUUCCACCUGGUCAGCCUGGAGAAGAAGGAGCUGCUGGGGGGGUGCUGUGUGCUGGUGACGUGCCGGCAGCGCCGCUGGCCGCUGACCAUGGGCACCGUGUGCUCCCUGCUCUACGCCAAGCAGGAGCUCUUUGCCAGCGUCUUCCUGAGCCUGCAGAGGGAGCUGGGGCUCUCUGUGCCUGCCCUGAGCCUGGCAGACCUGGUGACAACACACCUGAGCAGCUUCCGGCUGGUGCAGCCCAGUGCCAACAUCCCUGGGCCCUUCCUGGAGGACAAGGAGCAGCUGGUGGCCCGGACCAUGGCCAUUGUGGAGCUGGCCAGUGCCACGUGGCUGGUGACCGGGCGGCACCCGGUGCCCGUGGUCACGGCCGCGGCGUUCCUGGCCUGGCAGUCCCUGCGGCCCGGCCCGCGCCUCUCGUGCCCCCUGGCACGGUUCUGCCGCCUGGCAGGGGUGGAGCUGCCCCCUCCAGCCCAGCUGAGGCUGAAGGAGCUGCUGGAGAUCCUGCUGGCGAUGGCCUCCCAGCUCUCCUGGCUGCGCGGCUUCCGCCUGGACAAGAAGACGGUGGUGAAGCACAUCGGGGAGCUGCUGCAGCACCGGCUGCUCCUGCUGAGACGUGCCUUCAGCCAGCAGGACGGGCUGGAGCAGCAGGGCACGGGCCUGGGCAUGGGCUCUGAGAGCCAGGAGUGCCAGGGCUGUGUGAGCCAGGGCUCUGUGAGCCAGGAGUGCCAGGGCUCUGAGAGCCAGGGCUCUGUGAGCCAGGAGUGCCAGGGCUCUGAGAGCCAGGGCUCUGAGAGCCAGGAGUGCCAGGGUUCUGUGAGCCUGGGCUCUGUGAGCCAGGAGUGCCAGAGCUCUGAGAGCCAGGAGUGCCAGGGCUCUGAGAGCCAGGAGUGCCAGGGCUCUGAGAGCCAGGGGUGCCAGGGCUGUCUGAACCAGGGCUAUCAGGAUAAGGACUCUGUGAAUAAGGACUCCCCAGGCCAGGGCUCUGUGAGCCAGGGUUCUUUGAGCCAGGGGUGCCAGGAUUCUGUGAGCCUGGGCUCCCUGAAUAAUGGCUGUCUGGAUAAGGACUCCCCCAGCCAAGGCUCUGUGAGCCAGGGCUCCCUGGAUAAGGACUCUGUGAAUAACAACUCCCCAGCCCAGGCUCCCCCCAGCUCUCCUGCAGUGCCACAGCAGCAGGGCAGUCCCUGGGCAGGGCAGCAGCAGCAGAGGGGCACCCUGAGGCCCCUGCUGCCCCCCUGCCUCCUCCAGCCCAGGAAGAGGCUGCGGGCGGCGGCUCCGAGCGCUGCGGGCGCGGCCGUGACGGGCGAUGAGCCCAUCUCAGACAGCGAGAUCGAGCAGUACCUGAGGAGCCCCGAGGAGAUCAGAGCCUUCAGGAGGGCCAAGGCCUGGUCCUGAAGGUGUCCCUGGCCCAGAGGGACAAUUUGGGGACCAGAAAUGUGAAGCCCACCGGGGACAGAGCGAUUGUGCUGCUGGGACGGUCGCCCAGAGAAUGGGGCAUUUUAUGGAGUGACUGCUUCAGGUUAUUUUACAUUUCUGUUGUAAGUAAAUAAAAGCACAAAAGGUGCCAGGUUUUCCAGGGCAGCCUCACCUUGGAUUUCUCAUUCU